GCAUAUUGUGUGUUUUUUUUUUUUUUUUUCACGAUUAUAAUAGACUGGUGUAGUCUAGUUUCAGGUUUUUAUUAAACAGAAAUCGAAGCAACUUCAUUUCCAUUACCCAUGCCCAUCUAAUUCAUAUAGAAAGAUUAGUAGAGAAGUUGAAGCAAAUCUGAGAAACCACUUGUAAAAGAAUGUUUUAUUUGAGCUGAAUUUGACUUCUUUUUUUUUUUUUUUUUUUUUUGAAUUUAAUUUAUUACAGUAUUAUCUUAUCUUCACUAACUUUUCCAGUUUUUGCUCAAGUUUGCUUAGCUUAAAUAGUCUUUGUUCAUACAAGUACUUGUAUAAUGAGGGAGCUCCAGUUGAUCUAUUAGAUCAACAAAAUUUGUCAAUCUAUGCUUAGUCAGUGUUUAGUCAUCAAGGUAGACAUUAAUAUUUCAUUGAAGCUUCAACCUUCCUUCUACUGACACCUCCCACUUCCUUCCACCGAUACCACCAAUUCCACCAAUCCGACACCAUCUGCAUCACCUCCUCCUUCCAACGACACCAUCUGCAUCAUCUCCACCUUUCACCGAAACCAUCAUCUUCUAUCGACGACAUCAAAUUAAAUGAAACCCCUAUGUUAAAAAGGUGAAAUUAAGGGCAUGGUUAACCCUAAAGGGAAGGGGUGCUAUCCUCCUCCAUUAAUGUUACCCUUGGAGCUUCAAUUUCUGUCGGAAAAUUUCGCAAAUCGCCAUCCAUUUAUAAAAUAGAGUAAAAAAAUAAAAAAAGGAUGUUGUACCGUGCUCACCACCAAUUCCUUCUUGUUGGUGGUUGCCGACAACAGGGGUGUCAUAGUGGUGGUGAUUGUGGUCGCUGCCUUAGGCCAUGAGGCUUGGUGUUUAUGGUGGUAAGUUUGUCGUUCAACUGGAAGAUGGAGAUGGUGAUUUGACAAUAUUGCCUAAUCAUGCUUAUGCUUUUACCAAAUUGUCCUAUACUAAAUGAAGGAAAAACUAAAAAUGCCCUUAUGAUUGACAAUUUUUGUUGAUCUAGUAGAUCAACUUGUAUUUCCUCCUUGUAUAAUCCACCUUUUAUUAAACAUUUAUCAUAAAUUGUUAAAUUAAUAUAGCGCAUAUAGUUUUAAUGAAAAUGAGGUUGGUUAAAAUUCAAAGCACAUUACACUAGAGAUCAGAGUUAGUUUCGUCUCAUAAUAUAGUUUCCUUUACAAUACUUUUAAGUGUAUAUAAAAAAAAAAAAAAAAAAAAUUAUAAUAUUAAUUAUAAAUUACACAUUUAGACGAACCUAAUAAUACUGUAUUUCAUAUGAAACGAAGGAGUAUUACAAAGAUGAAUUGGGAAUUCCGUAUAAGUAAAAUUGUAAUACUCUUGAGAUACCAACCACCAGUUUAACCAACUGACAUCACAUUUCAGGGUGGUUUUUAAUUGCAGUUGAGGUGUUAUUCUAUCUCAUAGAGAACCAGAGUAUUCCAUUAAAUCAGAGAACCCAAAAACCCAGUUAAACCUCCAUGAAAACACUCUUUUCAAGCUUCACUCUUUCUCCUCAAUUCCCUCCAAAUACACCUUUCCCAUUUCAAUUCUCCCACCAUUCUCUCUCCUCCACUCCUCAAAAUCUCAGCUUUCUCUCUCCUAUACCCCUCUUUUCCCGCCCAAUUCCCAAACCCUUAUCCACAAAAUCCGACCAAACCCACCAUUCAUCUCCCCCUUCAAACACUCAUGAAGAUGGGAUUCCCAUUGAUUAUGUCAAAACCCUUGUAAAAUUCAAGUCUCGUUAUAAUUACAUUAGGGUUCUAGAAGUUUCUAGAAAGGCUGACCACCCUUUUAGGGGUUCUAGACUUCUCCUUCUAGAUGGUCCUGGAAACAUCCAUAGUAUCAAUUUCUUGUUUAGAACCCUAACUGAUACUUACUUUGAUGUUUUUGGGACAUUGCCUCCAAUUAUACCUCCUGGGCCAAUUGGGGUUUUGGGUUUUGGGGCUGGUUCAGCUGCUAAAAUCUUGUUGGAAUUGUACCCUCAAGGUGUAGUUCAUGGUUGGGAGAUUGAUCCUGCUGUAAUUGAUGUGGGGAGGGAAUUUUUCGGGCUUUCGAAACUCGAAAGACAAUACCCUGAUAGGCUUUUUGUUUACAUUGGUGAUGCUUUGAAAGCUAGUCUUAGAAAUGGGUUUUCUGGGAUUUUGGUUGAUUUGUUUAGUGAAGGAAGUUUGAUACCUGAACUUCAGGACCCUUUGACAUGGGAGAAGUUGAAGAAGAAAUUGAGGGAAGGUGGGAGGAUUAUGGUGAAUGUGGGAGGGAGUUGUGUUGAGGCUGAGGAUUCGAGGAGAGACGGGAAAUUAGUUAUGGAAGAGACUUUGAAGGCAAUGUAUGAGGUUUUCCCUAAUCAACUCUUUGUGUUGAACCUUGGGACUAGGAAGGAUGAUAGUUCCCUUGCUCUUACAGGUGAUUUGCCGAAUUCGAUUGCUUGGAAAAAGGCAAUGUCUAAGUCUUUGAGGCGUUAUGUUGAUAUGUGGACUCCUUUUGGUGGAUAGUUUAUUGCAUGAUAUGCUUCAAUCCAGUAGUCCAUUUAAUUUAGGAAGGAUGGACUUGAAACAAUUCCCCCUUAGUGCCAAUUUGUCGCGGUUAGGAGCAUGUAAACACAAUCCUUGUCAAAUGAAGUUGGUGGGAAUUUGGGAUUGCAAGAAGACUGCUUCUGGAUGAUGCAGAUUCCACUGUUGUUUAAUCUCUCUUGUAUCUCAUUGAUUAUGGAUUUUAUUUGGAGAUUGAAGGAAGUCUAGAAAUGUUGAAGUGUAGGCGUUGUGUUUUGUUAUGUGUGGAAUCCUUCUGAAAGAUGAACCAUAGUCCAUAUCAUAUUGAUUGAUUGUUUAAUUGGUGACUGUAUAAUGGACAAUAUAUAUGAGUUGAUUUGUAAUUAAAAUUUAUGCCUUUUCUU